AGACUGACUUGGAGACUUUGGCUUUUCCUCCCCCCCCCACGCCGCCCGCCCGCCCGCCCCUUUUAUUUUUGAGAAAGGGGAAUUUCGUCCCAAAUCAAAGGAAUGAAGUCUGGCUCCGGAGGAGGGUCCCUGACCUCGCUGUGGGGGCUCCUGUGUGUCUCCGCCGCGCUCUCGCUCUGGCCGACGAGUGGAGAGAUCUGCGGGCCUGGCAUUGACAUUCGCAACGAUUACCAGCAGCUGAAGCGCCUGGAGAACUGCACGGUGAUCGAGGGGUACCUGCAUAUCCUGCUCAUCUCCAAGGCCGAGGACUACCGCAGCUACCGCUUCCCCAAGCUCACCGUCAUCACUGAGUACCUGCUGCUGUUCCGCGUGGCCGGCCUCGAGAGCCUCGGCGACCUCUUCCCCAACCUCACGGUCAUCCGCGGCUGGAAGCUCUUCUACAACUACGCCCUGGUCAUCUUCGAGAUGACCAACCUCAAAGACAUCGGGCUUUACAACCUGAGGAACAUUACGCGGGGGGCCAUCCGCAUUGAGAAGAAUGCCGACCUGUGUUACCUGUCCACGGUGGACUGGUCCCUCAUCCUCGAUGCCGUCUCCAACAACUACAUCGUGGGGAACAAGCCCCCGAAGGAAUGCGGGGACCUGUGUCCGGGGACCAUGGAGGAGAAGCCCCUGUGUGAGAAGACCACCAUCAAUAAUGAGUAUAACUACCGCUGCUGGACCACAAAUCACUGCCAGAAAAUGUGCCCGAGCGCGUGCGGGAAGCGGGCGUGCACCGAGAACAACGAGUGCUGCCACCCCGAGUGCCUGGGCAGCUGCAGCGCGCCGGACGACGACGCGGCCUGCGUGGCCUGCCGCCACUAUUACUACGCCGGCGUCUGCGUGCCCAGCUGCCCGCCCAACACCUACCGCUUCGAGGGCUGGCGCUGCGUGGACCGCGACUUCUGCGCCAACAUCCCCAACGCCGAGAGCAGCGACACCGAGGGCUUUGUGAUCCACGACGGCGAGUGCAUGCAGGAGUGCCCCUCGGGCUACAUCCGCAACGGCAGCCAGAGCAUGUACUGCAUCCCUUGCGAAGGCCCUUGUCCCAAGGUCUGUGAGGAAGAAAAGAAAACGAAGACCAUUGAUUCGGUCACUUCUGCUCAGAUGCUGCAAGGAUGUACCAUCUUCAAAGGCAACCUCCUUAUUAACAUCCGCCGCGGCAAUAACAUCGCCUCGGAACUGGAGAAUUUCAUGGGACUCAUCGAGGUGGUGACGGGCUAUGUGAAGAUACGCCAUUCCCACGCGUUGGUGUCCCUGUCCUUCCUCAAAAACCUCCGCCAGAUCUUAGGCGAGGAGCAGCUCGAGGGGAAUUACUCCUUCUACGUCCUUGACAACCAGAACUUGCAGCAGCUGUGGGACUGGGACCACCGCAACCUGACCAUCAAGUCCGGGAAAAUGUACUUUGCUUUCAACCCCAAAUUGUGUGUCUCCGAAAUUUACCGCAUGGAGGAAGUCACGGGGACCAAAGGCCGCCAGAGCAAAGGGGACAUCAACACCAGGAACAACGGAGAGAGAGCCUCCUGUGAGAGCGACGUCCUGCACUUCACGUCCACCAGCACGUGGAAGAACCGCAUUAUUAUCACGUGGCACCGGUACCGGCCCCCGGACUACCGGGACCUCAUCAGCUUCACCGUCUACUACAAGGAAGCCCCCUUUAAAAACGUGACGGAGUACGACGGGCAGGAUGCCUGUGGCUCCAACAGCUGGAACAUGGUGGACGUGGACCUCCCUUCCAACAAGGACAUGGAGCCUGGCAUCUUACUGCACGGCCUGAAGCCCUGGACCCAGUAUGCCGUGUACGUCAAGGCCGUGACCCUCACCAUGGUGGAGAACGACCACAUCCGGGGGGCCAAGAGUGAAAUCUUGUACAUUCGCACCAAUGCGUCAGUUCCUUCCAUUCCCCUGGAUGUCCUUUCAGCCUCCAACUCAUCGUCUCAGCUAAUCGUGAAAUGGAACCCACCCUCUCUGCCGAACGGCAACCUGAGUUACUACAUCGUGAGGUGGCAGCGACAGCCUCAGGACAGCUACCUCUACCGGCACAAUUACUGCUCCAAGGACAAAAUUCCCAUCAGGAAGUAUGCCGAUGGCACCAUUGACAUUGAAGAGGUGACGGAGAACCCCAAGACCGAAGUGUGUGGGGGAGAGAAGGGGCCUUGCUGCGCUUGCCCCAAAACCGAAGCCGAGAAGCAGGCCGAGAAGGAGGAGGCUGAGUAUCGCAAAGUCUUCGAAAAUUUCCUGCACAACUCCAUCUUUGUGCCCAGACCUGAAAGGAAGCGGAGAGAUGUCAUGCAAGUUGCCAACACCACCAUGUCCAGCCGAAGCAGGAACAGCACCGUGGCAGAUACGUACAACAUCACGGACCCAGAAGAGCUGGAGACGGAAUACCCUUUCUUUGAGAGCAGAGUGGACAACAAGGAGAGAACUGUCAUUUCCAACCUCCGGCCCUUCACUUUGUACCGCAUUGAUAUCCACAGCUGUAACCACGAGGCUGAGAAGCUGGGCUGCAGUGCCUCCAAUUUCGUCUUUGCAAGAACCAUGCCUGCAGAAGGAGCAGAUGACAUUCCUGGGCCGGUAACCUGGGAGUCGAGGCCUGAAAACUCCAUCUUUUUAAAGUGGCCAGAACCUGAGAAUCCCAACGGAUUAAUUCUGAUGUAUGAAAUAAAAUACGGUUCCCAAGUGGAGGAUCAGCGGGAAUGUGUGUCCAGACAGGAGUACAGGAAGUACGGAGGGGCCAAGCUGAACCGGCUCAACCCGGGCAACUAUACGGCCCGGAUCCAGGCCACCUCUCUGUCUGGGAACGGGUCCUGGACGGAUCCUGUGUUCUUCUACGUCCAGGCCAAAACGACAUAUGAAAACUUCAUCCACCUGAUCAUCGCGCUGCCCGUGGCCGUGCUGCUGAUUGUGGGCGGAUUGGUAAUAAUGCUGUACGUCUUCCAUAGAAAGAGAAAUAACAGCAGGCUGGGGAAUGGAGUGCUGUAUGCUUCUGUGAACCCAGAGUACUUCAGCGCAGCGGAUGUGUACGUGCCCGAUGAGUGGGAGGUCGCCCGGGAGAAGAUCAGCAUGAGCCGGGAGCUGGGCCAGGGCUCCUUCGGGAUGGUGUAUGAAGGCGUGGCCAAGGGUGUGGUCAAAGACGAGCCCGAAACCAGGGUGGCCAUUAAAACGGUCAACGAGGCUGCAAGCAUGCGCGAAAGGAUUGAAUUUCUCAACGAGGCUUCCGUGAUGAAGGAGUUCAACUGUCACCAUGUGGUGCGGUUGCUGGGUGUGGUGUCCCAGGGCCAGCCGACGCUGGUCAUCAUGGAACUGAUGACACGGGGGGACCUCAAAAGUUACCUCAGGUCUCUGAGGCCAGAAAUCGAGAAUAAUCCAGCCCUCGCCCCUCCCAGCCUAAGCAAGAUGAUCCAGAUGGCGGGCGAGAUCGCGGACGGCAUGGCGUACCUCAAUGCCAACAAGUUCGUCCACAGAGACCUGGCUGCCCGGAACUGCAUGGUGGCCGAAGAUUUCACCGUCAAAAUCGGAGAUUUUGGCAUGACGAGAGACAUCUAUGAGACUGACUAUUACCGGAAAGGAGGGAAAGGCCUGCUGCCCGUGCGCUGGAUGUCCCCCGAGUCCCUCAAGGACGGCGUCUUCACCACUCAUUCCGACGUCUGGUCCUUUGGGGUCGUCCUCUGGGAGAUCGCCACACUGGCCGAGCAGCCGUACCAGGGCCUGUCCAACGAGCAAGUCCUGCGCUUCGUCAUGGAGGGUGGCCUUCUGGACAAGCCGGACAAUUGCCCCGACAUGCUGUUCGAGCUGAUGCGCAUGUGCUGGCAGUACAACCCCAAGAUGAGACCCUCCUUCCUGGAGGUCAUUGGCAGCCUCAAGGACGAGAUGGAGCCCGGUUUCCGCGAGGUCUCCUUCUACUACAGCGAGGAGAACAAGCCGCCCGAGCAGGAGGAGCUGGACCUGGAGCCCGAGAACAUGGAGAGCGUCCCCCUGGACCCGUCGGCCUCGUCGUCGUCCCUGCCGCUGCCCGAGCGACACUCAGGACACAAGGCUGAGAACGGCCCCGGCUCCGUGCUGGUCCUCCGCGCCAGCUUCGACGACAGACAGCCUUACGCGCACAUGAACGGGGGCCGCAAGAACGAGCGCGCCCUGCCUCUGCCCCAGUCCUCCACCUGCUGAUGGGGGGGCCCGGAGCCCGCGCAGCAGUCACGCGUGUGCGCUCGGCGGGCGGGCGGGCGGGGGGCGGGGGCGGGUUCUAAGGAUCGUGCCCAGCCUCCGGUACCUCAGUGGAGCUUCAGAGCUGCCAUGCUGCCCACGGGACAGCUCCUCUGCAGUAAACACUUGGGACGUCCCUGUUUUCAAUAUGCAAGCAGCUUUCUAUUCCCCAAACCCUUAACUGACAUGGGCCUUUAAAACCUCACUGACAAUACUUAACAGCGACAGGACACUUGAGAACCGCGUCUCCUCUCUGUCCCUCUCUCACCUCUCUCUCUCUCUCUCUCUCUCUCUCUCUCUCUCUCUCUCUCUCCCCCCUCUCUCCCUCUCUCCCUCUCUGCUUCCCCCCACCCCCAAACCCCCUCCUCUCUCUGCUUCAUAAUGGAAAAACAUUUGCCACAAGCCCAGCUGGGACACCCUUUUUAUCAGACUGAGGAAACGGCUGUCCCUCCCUUAUGUCCCCACAUUGCCCCUCUACACACCUGCCUGUCACCGUAGGUCUUUAUAAAACACACGUUGAGAUGGCAUUUUUAAAAACUAUCUUUAACCUUCUUUGGGACACGUGACAUUUAAAAAGGGCCACCACUCAUCCAAGGUUGUUACGUUAACGCUGCCAAAUUCCGCCAAAGCCCAGGACUUUCUCCCUCACAGCCCUGCACUUCUUUUCUUGUUUCCAGAGGCAUGGGACGGGCGUGGCCUCUGGGCACUCGGUGUAGGAGCCACGUAGGCCAUGCAGCCCACCUGAUCGUCCCCUGGUGUCCUUUUCAAGCCUCACGUCCACACAGCUCCGUUUGCUUUUGGCUAGGGUAUGGUUUGGGGGAACUGGACAGAUGGGGACUUCCUCUCAGAGAAGAUGGAGAGAAGCUGAACUGGCCUUCCCGCCCCACUUCCCCACCCCCCCUUCCAGCCCCCAGGAAUUCUGCAGCAAACAGGCCCUGCUUAGAGCCUGGCAGACAGGCUUUGAGUACAGGUGGUCCACGUGCCACUCGCCUGUCCCCCGCCCCCAGCUCCCCCUCCCGGCCCCCAAGGACACAGAUGGAAAGGGGUUCCCAGGGACUCAGCCCAACUGUUUAUGCAGGUUUGCAAGGAAAGAAAUUCAAACACCACAACAUAAGAAGAAAAGCAGUAAAUGGAUUCAAGCAUUCUCAGCUUUGUUGACAUUUUCUCUGUUACCGGGACUUCUUCAUGGGUCUUACAGUUCUAUGUUAGACCGUGAGACAUUUGCAUACACAUCGUCUUUAAUGUCACUUUUAUAACUUUUUUACGGUUCAGAUAUUCAUCUAUACGUCUGUACAGAAAAAAAAAAAAGCUGCUAUUUUUUUUGUUCUUUAUCUUUGUGGAUUUAAUCUAUGAAACUCUUCAGGUCUACCCUUUUCCCUCUCUGCUCACUCCAAGAAACUUCUGCUUUGUAUUAGAGGGCGUGACUUUCUUCUUCUCCUUCUAGUAAUUGGUACUUGUCUAACAUAAUUUGCCAUGAACUGUUUGAUGCCUUUUUAUAAAUACAUCCUCCCCUCCCACUCCCCCUCCCCCACCCCUCCCCCUCCCCCCUCCCC